CAGAUUCUUUUGAAGCUCCGCCUCUGACCAGCGCAAAUCUGUGUAUGUGAGAGAUGAGCAGGAGCAGAAAGCUGUCCGGACCUGGUGCAUGAGAAGCGAGGUCCUCAACCAUCCCAGUCCAGCUUGAGCGUCCGUUCGAUGAUGGCCGCGGCUGUGGAGAGAGGAGGGGCCCGGGCCGCCUUCAUGAACCCGGGCGUCGGUGCACCCGCUCCCGCUGCCGCUGCGCCCGGAGGACCAGCCAUGGCCGGAGCUGGGGGCUCGGGCUCGGGAGCGGCGGGUUUGGGUCCCAUCAUGCCUGUGCCAAUGAAUUUGUUUGCAACGUGGGAGAUUGACCGCUCCUCUCCGAGCUGUGUUCCGAGGGGUCGAAGCGCAUCCUGAGGUCGAAUGAGUACAUGCUCCCACCCAGUGGCCUGAUGGAAACAGACCUGGAGCUCACCUUUUCCCUGCAGUACCCACAUUUCCUGAAGAGAGAUGCCAACCGGCUGCAGAUCAUGCUUCAAAGAAGGAAACGUUAUAAAAACAGAACUAUUCUGGGCUACAAGACGCUGGCUGUUGGUGUUAUUAAUAUGGCUGAGGUGAUGCAGCACCCAACAGAUGGAGGCCAGAUUUUGGGUCUCCACAGUAACGUGAAGGAAGCACCAGUGCGUGCAGCAGAACUGAGUGUUUAUUCACUGUCCAGCCAACCUAUUGACCCAGAAGACGGCAGCAGUCAGCCAGAGACAAAGGCCAAAGCUUCAGACCGUUCUCCAGAUAUGGAUAACUAUUCUGAAGAUGACGAUGAUAGUUACUCGUCAGAGCAAGAGGCGAGUGAUGACGCUGUUCAAGGCCAGGACCUUUACGAUGAAGAUGAUGAUGUUCAGCGGAAACCAAAAAAAUCUCGGAGGAAAAUGAUUAGAACCACAUCAAUGACCCGACAACCCAACUUCAAGCAGAAGUUUGUUGCCCUGCUGAAAAGAUUCAAAGUGUCUGAUGAGGUCUUGGACUCAGACCCGGUUGAUCAAACACAGGAGGUUGAAGAUUUGGAUCUUCUGUAUGACAGUCUGGAGGUUUAUAACCAGAGUGACAGUGGCCCAGAGAUGGAGGACAACGAGAGUCUUCUCAGCACUCCCAAACCCACACUAAAGCCGUUCUUUGAGGGAAUGUCUCACUCCAGCUCACAGACAGAGAUCGGCAGUUUGCACAGUCAGAAGAGCCAACCGAGAGAGAAAACCUCCACUGGUGGCGAUCUGUUAACAGUGGAUAAGAACAGGAUGGCGGGUGGACGAUAUCCGGAUGACCCUACAGUGGUGGACUCUACAGCUGGGGAGCUGGUGGAGGACGAGGCGGGUGGCAGCAUGGCAACAUGUGAUCCUAGCAUUAGCUGGGACGUGAGCACAGAGAAAUUACCAGGAACAGUGGGCAAACUCUGCAAGGCUGAGUCGCAGACUCUCAUCUCACCUAGUAAAACAGACAGUAAGCUGCAGCGGCGUCCACGAAGCACAUCCAUGAAGGACAGACAGAACUCUAAAGCUCAGAGCGAUCGCACCAGCAGCAUCGAGAGCGAGACCUCGCCAGACUCCAGGCUCAUCACACAGGUUUGUGUCCCGAGGAAAUCAGUGUAUGAUCAGCUCAACCAGAUCCUGAACUCUGAUGAACAUCUGCCGGAGAAUAUCAUUCUCAUCAACACUACAGACUGGCAGGGACAGUAUUUGAAUGAGAUUCUUCAGGAGCACAAGCAGCCUAUUGUGUCCACCGUCUCCCCCGCAGAUGUUCAGGCCGCCUUCAACACCAUCGUCACCAGGAUUCAGCGAUUCUGCAACUGUAAUGCACAAACACCACCCACCAUUAAAGUGGCAGUGGCGGGCGAUCAGAGUUACCUCAGCACGGUCCUUCGCUGCUUCGUGGAGCAGCUUGCCAACAAAACGCCCGAUUGGUUGAGCUACAUUCGGUUCCUAGUCAUUCCUGUCGGCUGCCAUCCACUGGCCAAGUACAUCUCAACAUUUGACAGUAAGUUCAAUAACAUCUUCAUGGACGCCGGAUGGAGGGACGUGUUCGGGAGGUUAGAAGCUCCUAAUUCAGAUAAUAUUGAUGUGGCCGGACGGGUCUCACAGUAUUUGGGUGGAGCCAACCUCUCCCACCAGUUCCCAAUUUCUGAAGCAAUGCUCACCUAUAAACAAAAAAGGAAGAGAAGUUUGUAUUUUGAUUUUUACAUCAGCCCUGAUGAAGACUCCUGCCAGAAGUUUGUCCCAUUCAUUGGGUUGGUGAAAGUGGGAAUUGUGGAGCACAGCUUAUCUACAUCAGUGGACUCUGAUGACGCAGUGAUGGUGGGCAGUGUGAACAUGCUCUCCUCACCUCCAGCACAGACGGGAACACCCUACGGGAAAGACAUGACCUCCACCCCUCCGUCAUCCCCCUCUGUUACUGCCAGUCUCUCUGGAGCAGGCUCUCCAGGCACCGGGGGUGAGGUGAUGGGUCUACAAGUGGACUACUGGACGUUACAGGGCGCAGAGAAGAAGAAAGAGGGGGAAAAAAGAGAUGUGGGAAGUAAGUACACGCUUAAGAGCAACUUCCGCUCGCUGCAGGUUUCCCGAAUCCCCAGCGGAGGAGAGCCAACACCCCCUUCUGGAAUGGCCAUGACCGUUGUCAUGAAGGAGAAAAACAAGAAAGUGAUUUUCCUGAGCAAGAAGCUGAAAGAGAAGGAUGUGGACUCUAAGAGUCAGGUGAUAGACAGCAUCAGCAGACUCAUCUGCACCGCUAAACACCAGCACACCAUGCUGAAGGUGUCCAUCGAUGGCGUAGAGUGGCAUGACGUGAAGUUUUUCCAGCUGGCCGCGCAGUGGCCGACUCACGUGAAACACUUCCCUGUAGGGAUCUUUGGCUACAGCAAACCCAUGUGACCUGCUGCUGCCAUUUACGGAUGGGGGAUAAAACAGACAACUGGAUUUUCCUGUGGAAAUGGACAAUAUAAAAGCCCGUGUCCUCAACAGAAAUGUUGUUAGUGAUGUUACUUGUCAUUUUUGUUGCUUUGGCAGUGGAAGGAUCAUUGGUGUGUUUGAAACAAGCACUGUCUUUUAUUUCAAGAUGAGCAGCACAUGUUGUGGUAGGAAUUGUACUGGCAACGUACAGCAGCUUCAGUUUGCACAUUGUUGGGUUAAAGUUUGUUAUUAUUUCUGUGAAAUUUUCUGUGUCGAUAAUUGUUCUGUGUACAAUAUUAUAGAGUGGGAUUUAUGAAUUGAGCUUGAUUUAAUUGUUUGUGUGGAAGAGGUUAAAGGAAUAUUUUGCCCGUCUCAUGACAGAUUUGUGUGAGGAACAGUUCUCCGUAGCUUUUAAAUCUCAUCUGUGCCAGUUUUGAUAUCCGUAAAUUGAUGAUGACAGAAAAUUAAAUUUGGGGUAAACUGUUCCUUUAAAUGGAAAAUAGGAGGAUUCAAGUGCAAGUGGGAGGGGCCACAUAACUGGUGGAAGGAGUUUGUGUUACUGUUUGUUGAAUGAUUUUAGUGUUAUCUGUGAAUUCUAAAGGGCACGUCCUUAAAAUUUUAGUAAAGAACACUUUUAGAUUAAGUAAAGUGUCUGGUUAUUUAAUACAGUACUUUAUAAUUUCAUUACUGGAUGAAUAUGAAAGGCGUGUUGAGUGGGAUGGGAACACAUGUGGACUAGUGAUGCUUUGGCAGCUUGUGUGGGUUCAAUCUAAAGGGCGAUCUCAGUUUGUAAAAUGUUAAAUGCUUUAAAAAGCCCUUUAAAUCGUUUUAUUCCCUCUGUGUGGGGCAAUGAGCAGAUAUUUCCACUUUUUACUCUUUUAACAUUUCUACAUUCCAUCUCUGAUCAGUCAUGGGGACAGUGUUACCAAGUGUUUUCAGAAAGGCUGUGUCUUUGUGUUGAAUACAGGGUCCAGUUUCUGCCGGCUAAUAAGGGCUCAUACUACAAGAUUGUUGGGAUGAUAACAGGACGUCCGGCCAACUUUUUGUAACUUCUGUGGUGGAUCUAUUUUAUGUUUUCUCACUUUUCAAAAGUCCCUUUACAAUUUGCCUGUUUGUAAAUACUGAGAGGGAGUAAUAGAGAGAGAAAGAAAGUGGUUUUCAGUAUUAAUUUCAUUGAGUUUGCUGUUACAGCUUAUGGCGUUAUUUUACAGCCAAGUGCAAACUGCGAUAUAGUUACAAUGCGCAUAAAAUUGAUGUUUUUCGUGUCUUUCAUGAACAGAACUGUUAUCGUUCUUUUUAUUGAUUGUUUUAACCAAGUUUUUGUACUGGUUUUGUUUUCUUUUGAGGUGAACUGCUGAGGUUUGUUCAACCAUUUUGGGCCUCUGGUUGUUUUUAAGCACUCGUUUUAGGGCAAAAUAAGAUUUUUUUUUUUUCUUUUAAUCUUUAAAACUGAGAGAACACUAAUAUUUAAUCUGUCUUUGUCAAAAAGAAAUGCAGACAUUUGCACAAACCGUAUUUUUAAGUUAGUAUUGAUUUUGAAUGAACCACUGAGGAAAGCUUCUCUUCUUCUAAUUCUCUGUGUGUACAUAAACGUACAGUAUACUGCCAUUUCAUAUACUUUAUACUGAUUCGAAUUGUCACACAAAUACUAAAAUUAUUUUAACCAUGGCUGCAUUGCGAUUUUUUUAACAUUUACUAUUCGUUUUUCUAUUUCCUUUUUAAAGGAGUUGAACUCUUGUAUAGUGUUUUUCUUUUUUGUUUUAAGACAUGUAAAUGAAUAUAAGAAAGUGAACCAGUGUGUUCUGUGGAGUGCAUAGAAUUAUUAUUAUUUUUAUUUUUUUCAGUAUUUGAUAUAUACGUACAGGAGAAUUGUGCAAAUAAAUUACAAAUAAUAAAAAUAUGUCUGUCUUGUUUGUUCUGAAAUUGAAGACAUUGAAUUGUGUAAAUGUUAAACUAUGAUCCUUUUUAGAUUCAUGUAUUGUCACAAUAAGGGGUUUUGAAACUCUGUUUCCCAUAAACCCCUGCCUAGGAACUCAUUAUUGAACAACACCUGUUUCCUAUCAGUGACACUAUAAAGGUUGCACUCAUCCACACACACAUGGCCGAUUAUUGUUUAGUCUAUACCCUAUUCCUAGUCUCCGUGUUUCCUUGCCUUGCCUUGCCUUGCCUUGCCUUGCCUUGCCUUGCUUUGCCUUCUUGUUUUUCGACCUUGGACUGUUUAUCGGAUUACUCUUUUGUCUCGCCCUGGAUAGUCCCUGUUUGCUGGUGUUUGACCCUGCCUGUUUUGACCAAUAUUAUGAAUAAAAGCUGCAUUUGGAUCCUCAA